AAUUUCGUGACAAUGGCGCAUUUUGCGAUGGCGAAGAAUCACAACUUUCUUGUCCAUUAGUGGCAUUACCGUCCAUAACAUAAGUUUGGCGAUUCGUUGUCGAUGUAAAAAGCAGGAAUAUGGACAUGAUGGAGGAACGUCGUGAACGUGAAGACAGUGUCAGUGAAGCUGAAGAUGAUCAGUUUUUCUUCAGUCGUGCUCCCAGAAUGCCUGAGGAUGACAUCAUCAUGUCAGAGGUCGCCACCCUUACAGGUGGGAGGGACCAGCAUGGCAGACCGAUCAUUGCGCUUCCAGCCAAGUAUCACAACAUACUGGAAUCAAAGGUCAAGGCGAGUGGUAUGGACAGCCUGCUGAGAUAUUUCAUCGAUAUCACGAGGGUGGCAGACAGGAAACGGGGCUUUGCCUUUGUGACUGAUCUCCGAUUCUCCACGUUGGAUUUCAUCCUCCUGAUGAAAUCAAUCCUCAACAGUAUUCAGGCUGAAAUGAAAGGAGCCAUAGGAACGUGUGUGCUGUAUGCAAUACUUCCGCUCAACAAGAAAACACACAAGAAUACAUUGACUCAUCUAGCGCUCAGACAGAGCAAGAAGAAGAUUAAUAAGAAUAUCAUACCACCAUACUUCCAGAGUGUGGCUGUUGAUGAUGAGGUGGAGCUGUAUAACUACAUUGAGAAGUCACACCUGACACCAGACUUGGGAGGUUACCUGCAGUACUCACAUAAAGAGUGGGUUGCAUUCAGAAGGAUUGUUGAGCCCUUCUUUGCUAAUUUUGAGUCGGUUCAGGUCAGACUGUCCAACGCCUACCAACGGCUAGCUGCAAUGGCUAAAACUAAAGCAGGAAACAGUAAGGAACAACUCCAACAAACACACAAUCAACUGCAAGAUGCAUACUACGAUAUCAGAAGGGGUCUACAACUUGAUGUAGUAUUGGAUCAGUGUGAAGAUCUCCGUGCAAGAUUCGGCAGCUGCGAUGAAGAGGACGUCUUCACCGUCUUGGCUCAGAAACCAAUUUUGAAGGAGACGAAGCAGAUGGUAGAGGGAUGCCAUGAUCAACUGGUCGCUGCCAACAAGAAGAUUGAGGAUGAUUGGGAUGACAUGUCCAGACGGAUCACUCAGGCCUUACAACUCAUUGAGUACAGGGAGGAUGUCACUCAGUUGUUAGACUGGUUCAAAACAAGAAAGGAAAGAGAUCUGGAAGGAGGUGCUGAUAUUGCUGAUAACCUAAGCCGUGCUGAGAUGCUGUGCAAUCACUUCGAGACUGGAUUACUAGUUAAGACUGAGGAGAAGUUGUCCAAGGCCUAUGACGUAAUGCAUCAUGGUGAGAGGCUGGCUGUAGAUAACAACAAUCGAAGCUUGAGUGAAAUCACCCAACUCACCAAGACGUUGAAGCAAGACGCACAAGACUUCCAAAAUGCCGUGCAGAAACAUCAACACAUUCUGCAAUCAGUCUAUCAGUUCCAUCAACUUUACAACAAGGCACGACGCUGGUACAUCAGUUGCAUCAAGUUUUUGCCCUCUGACCUCAACGACCUCUACAAUGGCCUAAGGUCACACUCAAGAGGUAAUGAUCACCAGGCAUUGAAACUCCAGUGGGAGGAGGAUGUCAGGAGGUUUCUGCACAAGCAAACCCUACCGGCAAAGGAAGAGCUGAAGAAGGUGAAGAUGAUUCCUGAGGAUAUUGGAGCCACAUCACUGAAGAAGAAAGGACGACUUCUGUCUUACAGAUGCAUUAUUUUGACCAAUCUACUGAGCCACAAGGAAAAUAUAUCCACUGCAAACAUCAAAGAAAUCCUGAAGUGGCAAUCAGAAAUUCAACUUCGAUCAGACGAUUCCACAUCCCAGCAAAGUGAAAUAUCACCGUCUGGUGACCAGAUUAAGAAAACCGCAUCAGAGAGUAGUCUUGAUACAAGGCACCAAAAUCAACGACACAGGAAACCAGAAGGAAAGAGCCGAAGUAAAAAAUCUUCGAAGAAGACCCAAAAUGAAGACGAUUCGUAUCACAGACACACACAAACCCCAGAGAGGACAAGAAGGCACAAUGGACCCAGAGACACAUACCCUGAUACUCACAGUAAUACAGUGGAUGAUACCGACAACGAUGAUCCACUGAUCCAAAGAUUGGGGCAUCCAGGGUCAUUCUAUGACAGAUACGGUGAUACACAGGGUCAGAUAAUGGGUGAAGGGUAUGAUGAGGCUGAUGAUGGUAGAGACAAUUGGGAAGACGCACAAAGAAAUCAACACAGUGAAAGAAUGUCAAAUGGGGCCAUAGAAUAUGCACAGCAAUCAUCACCCUCACUGCCAACAGUCCCUGCCAGUCAGUUUGCAAGAGAUCGCUCCCAAUCCAGACAGUCCACCUCGGAACAUGGGCAAACAUACGGCAUCUAUGGAGAUUCUGAUGUUGAGGAUGACACUGCCGUUAUUAUCCAUCACCAGGGGCCACCUCAUCCUCCGCAAGGUCUCCCUGAACAUAUGUUGCCUGGCAAUCAGAUGCUCCAUCAGGGACACCCACCAUCAGGAAGUCAUCACUUUGCACCGUCUUUAGAUCCUUCAAAUGUUGCAUUGGGCAAUGAGAGAUUGAGCUAUGGGUUGAUACAGCAAGAUCCAACCCAAUUCCAGUCUCGUUAUACCAAUUCAAGACAAACUCCCCAACUUGAUUCUCAUGGUGUACAUCCACAGAAUGGACAUAUCCUCCCACAUGCAGUACUUUAUAACCAUCAUAAUGGAACACCUGCUGAUCUCAAUACUAACAAUAACUCCUCCCUGAACUCUAACAUGCAAGCGCAGAGUCAUGGCUUACGUGGUAACCAUGCACGUCCUGGCUUGUCUCCUUCAUAUGUAAAUGGCAUGACAUCACCCAAACGCUCUCCAAUGAGCUUCCAUGGAAGCUUGAUGAAUAUUCAUCAAUCCUAUCUGGACAAUGAUUAUUCAGCAAUGGGCGGACAAGACAGUAAUGAGACAAUGAGCAGUUCUCCAGUUACGAGGCAUAGAAGUUUGAUGAACUUGAGUCACUCCCCGAUAAUGGAUCAAACAAGCAAUGCCAAUGUUCAGUACAGCUCAAUGCAGACAUCACCUGUGAGAUCAGAUAAUUACGUGGUUCCAUCUCAAAACAGGAGUAAUGGCUCCCAGCAUAAUGGGGAAAUACACUCUGCUGAACAAGGCAUCCAAAACCCGUACAAUUCUACAUCGUUAAGAAUGAGACAUGGAGUUUCAGAGCCAAGUGUUAAUUUGGUACUUCGUGAUACUACCUCUCCGUACAGUACAGUUCUGGAAAACCUGAUGCAUCUGCGUGAAGCAAAUACUACCAGACCUAUUCAGUUGACAAAAAGACACAAGACGUCCCGUUCGAAGAAAAUGAAGACUUUACCUUCAAGUCAUUCCUUAUCUCGUAGUGAAAUGGAUCUACGUUACAUUCCACAGGGCCCUUCACCGCCAAAUGGCCUUUCGCAUUCUGAGCAUGCGUUACAUCACAGUGGACGGAACCAUGGACAAAUCUUAUCAAACUCACUCAUGGCAACAGCUGAUCCCAGUGCUGUCCUAACUUCCCAGAAUGCAUCUCUCAGAGGUGAUGAGCCUGAUCCCCAGGUUGAGUAUUACAAGAAGUUGUACUCCGGUUCUACCCCUCAUAAGAACCACUCCACCACCGCAUCAGGUCAUAGGAAGACGAACCACACACUCGAUCCAUCUACUCAUGCGUGGAUGCAUGAUAUCCCAUCAACUCACACAAGACACCAAGGUCGUCUCUCAGCUCGGCUACCCCAAACCUCUCCUCCGCUGUCUCCCCUCGCUCUGCUUGAGAUGGAGGUUGCCAAGGAAACCAUGGAUGCAGAAGAGGCACUAAAAGAAGAUGAGUAUAAUGAAGAGCAGAUGAGAAGGCAAGUUUUGAUUGACAGCAUCCUUAAUCAAUCAGAAUCAAAUGUCAGAUCACAUGAUGUUAGAGCUUCCCAAGACCAAUUAGUGUCAUACCACGGUCAUAGUAGCCGCAAGCCAGGAAAGAGACAAAAACAUGUAAAAUUGCUGGGUUCUCCAAGGAAAGAAGACGGAAAUAUGCUGAGAAAUGCAUCCCAUUCCGAUGCAUCGGUUUCUAGAAGUCAACACUAUGCUCCAUUGAAACAUAAUGCAAGUGAAAUCCCAGUGACAUCCAAGUUUAAUAAGAUGGGACAGUCGGAGAAUGGUUGGAGAGAACAUCAUCCCAGUGAUCCGUCUAUGGCAUCAUUGGGUAUCCACCAUUCCACACCAACAUAUCAUACCCAGAGACGGCCAGUUGUCACACCAAGGGGACUGAGUAGAACUGAGCGUCACUUAGGUCUGUCGACAACACUGCCUCAAGAAGAAAACAUCCAAGCUGUUAAUGCCUCAAAUGAACUUGACCAAAGACCGAGACUUGUUGGUGAACCAGGUUUUGAAACUGCUGACCAUUCCGCACAGGUUUAUGGACACCUUCAAACAAGCACUCCUUUGAAUACAGCAGGUGAAAGCUUUGGCAAAUCAUCAUCUUUACAUCAAAGUUACAGGCCUUCAAGUCGAAAUGAAGAGGUUGAUUGGAGGCAGGAGCAUCUGAGGGAAUUGGGUUUGUCUCCCAGAAUACAACAUCCCGUCCUGAAUCCCAGCCUAAAUCUAUCAAAUCAUGCUAACCAAUCGGAAUAUAAUACAGACUGGAGACUGCAACAUCUGCAGGAUCUAGGGAUAACACCCAGCGUUCCUCACUCUAGUUUGGGAUACAACCCAGCAAGAUCUGGAACCAAGGAUAAUGAGCGGGGACAUGAACAUCUGACAGAGGCGAGACUAUCUCAAAGCAUGCAUCACUCCACCCCGAAGAAGACUUCUGGUGGUUUGUCUGACUCAAGUAAAGACUGGAGACGCCAACAUCUUCUGGAGCUUGGGAUAUCUCCUAGUGAGCAUCUCUCUGGAAAUCUAAAUUCUAUCGCUAGAAAGAAUACCACUGGUGUGGGAUCAAACUCUACCAUGCGACACGACGUGAGUAAGCUGGGAAUAUCUCCAAGUUUGCAUCAACAUCCCGUGCGAAGUGCUGUUGAGUCAGGAGUGGGUGAAGGAAACAUAGCGCCCAUGACCAGCAGAUUACGAGGAGUUCUUGAGAGUGGGCAGAGCUUAAAUGAUGUGGAGGAGAUUCAUCAUUUGGCAGAAGAAACGGCCAAGAAGAGUGUCCGGUUUGCGCAUCUCUCAGAGGAGACCAUCUUAGAUGCCGAGGAGAGAGCACAGGAAGAGUUAGCAGAUAGACUCCAUCAACUGGAACUGAAACUGCAGGAGGAAGAGUAUUCACUGAUGUAUCAGGAUGUGCUUGAUGGAGAAACAGAAAGUCUGGAUCAGCAACUCAUAGAUUUGGAUCAACAGGAGGAAGCAAUGCUGAGCAACACAAACCAUCAGCAGACUGAUCCACAGAGACUGCUUGAGGGGGAUGUUCGACUUAGACACAUCCAGAAUGGUCGUCUUUACCAGCAGGGCGUCCUUCAGCCACAGCAUGUCAACAGAAGAGAUUUGGAUCAACAAGAGAAAGCAUGGCAGGGUCACACUGGUCGUCAGGGGAUGCGUGAGGGCGCUGUUGGAAUGACGCAUGUCCAGAAUGGUCAUCGUAAUCAACAUGCACUGCGUGAGAGCAUUCUUCAGCCACAUCACAUCCAGAACCGUCAGCACAUUCAAGUAAGUCAGCAUCCUGAUGAGACUCUUCUGGGGCAUCCUGUUAAUCUCCCAGAUCUCCAGAAUAUUCGGCGGAAUCAAUUGGUGGCUAAACCUAGUCACCAGCAAGCACUUGAAGAGGUUGUUCAACCAAUGCGUGUCCAGAGCAGUCAGCAGAAACCAUCCAGUGAGCACCCUGGUCACGAGGUCCUUCCUGACAGGGGCCUCCGACCCAUGCUUGCUAAGACAGGUCAAUCCCAGGGAGCGGAUCAACACAGUGGUCGUCUGGCUAAUCCUAGCAGUGCUGAAACUACCAAUCAAGUCAAAACUAAAUCACCUGUUGGAAGACCUGGCACAGACAGGACUGCAGAUGGUUCUCCUUUGAAAGUUACAGAGAGACAAUCUGAUAGACAUGAGCACCAACUAUCUCAUAACCGUAAAGCUGAUGUACGUGACAGUAUGGACAGGGUAAACAUAAAUGUUGCAAAUGAUAAACCUCUACGAGGUCAAAAUUUGACCAAAGCUGUCGGUCAAAGCGGUACAGAGAGUACAGACGAGCGUGACCAUUCAUUUAGGGCAGCUCAGGGUAAGGAUGAGAACUCGGUCAAUCAUGAAAAAGUUGUGACUGACCAAGUGGUAGUUCCUGGGAGACAUGCUGCAGCCUCUGACACCAGACAAGAGAGAGGUUCAGGGAUGGUAGAAGAUGAUGAGCUUGUGAACAAUCCAGCUGGUCCAGUUUCCUCACGGCAGGAAACGAAGACUUGUGUUAGUGUGCUGCCAGACGGCAGAUAUGGUGGUAAAAGUAUAUUCCUUUCAGAAGAGGAACAAAAGAAGUCAACAAGAGAGCCAUAUCAGUCUGAGAAGUCAGUCCCUCAUCCAACAAAUAGCCCCCAGACACUUGUUGAUGAGCUUAACAACAAACCAGCUGUCAAAGUUUCCUCAAGACACACUGACAAGUAUCCUGCCAGUGUGGGUCCCGACAUCAGAUAUGCCGGUGAAAGCAGAUUUCCUGGUGAAAAAGAACUUAACCAAUUAACAGGAGAAUUUGAGGUGUCAGUCACUCAUCCAAUGAAUAUCCCUCAGACUCUUGACAACUCUAAAGAUCUGAAGAAAGAUGAAUCGUAUUCUGAUUCGAAUGAGAUGAUUUACGAGUUAGAUGAAGUUAUUCCAAGUGAAGAUACAACAAGAGCAUCAUCAUUAGAGAGGGACCACACUGCGGCUGACUACAUAGCCUGUGCAUUAGGCAUGGAUUAUGUGAAUAAGAAAAAUUUGACAGUACAGCCAUUCAGCAACUCAAGUAAAUCGACGACUCAACAACCUGACGAGCAUCUCAAUCGAUCAGAGAAUCAGGGUUAUUCACAAUCCAAAAGAAGCCAAGGUGAUGCAACGCAAGAUAUUCAGUCUUCAUCAACUAAAAGUGAUUCAAAGUCACAAAACAUGGACUCAAAGGAUGCAUUGAGGGGAAUUGGAAGCUCUGAUAAGGAUGACAUCAAUAUCAGAGGAUUAUACAAUCCUCACAUUAACAUACCAAAGACUCAAGUUAGUUUAGAGGAGGGCCCUUGCUCUCCAAUACGAAAGUGGUUGAAAGAAAAGGAAACUUCAGAAGUUAGGGGUAUAAAGCCUAGCCAAUCUGAACCAAAUUUGACUGGUAAAGUUGACAAUGAACGAACAACAGAUUAUGGAUUUGCUAAUUCUGUUGAAUCACCAAUAAAUGCAGCCCAUAUUAAAAGCCCUCCAAUGAGCUCACAGAGUACCUCACCAAUAAGGCAAUGGUUAAGAGAGAAGCAAGAGAAUGAAGCACAUCAAAGCAGAGAAGUAAAAGAUUUUGCCUCGCCAAACAGUUCAGUGACUGACGGUGGUUUAGGAAAUGCUUCUAACAGUAGACCAAACACACAAUCUAUUGAGUUGGAGAAUUCUGAAGAUUUGAAACAGAGUCCUAAUUACAUUAGAGGAAGGACUCAUUCUUUGAUUCCAGUACCUGUUGGUUCUCAGAGAGCGGGAGAUUCUCAGAAGCAGACGGCUAAGAGUCAGAGUCCACAUGAAACAAGGCGGAGAUCCAGCUCAGCCAUUCCUGUCUACAAAGGUCUCUCAAAAUCCUCUCAAAAGCCUAGGGAAGCCUCUCCCUCUGUCAGUUCAGUAGCAGGUGGAAAAUCACCUGAAACGGAUCAUGUGACACAUGACGUAAUGCAAAAAGCAGACAUCAAAUCCAAGAAAUCUAACCCAUAUUCAAAAAUACCUGUGAAGAAGGUAUACACAACUUUAAAAGCUGGAGGGUACCUUGAGGACACAUCACAGUUAAAGGAACAAAAUUCCCCUCAGCAAGUCUCUCCUUCAGAAAAGUCACUAACCAGAUCCGCAGUGGAACACUCCGAGUCUGAGGGGCCUGAAACUCCACAAUCCAGGCCUGUUCUGGAAAGGCAAGGCACGUUUACUAAAGAACCCCGACCAACUCUGACCAGAGAAGGUACAUUUACCAUCGAGGGAGAAGAUGAGAAUCGGCAAAGCGAGUCUCUGUUUUUCCCAAGUGAAGAUGCUGUGGCUCCCAGUAACCCCACUGAAGAAAAGAAUGCACAGCAAUCAACAUUCUCACCAUUAGCAUUAGUCUUAGAUCACAUGGUGAGAAAGGGAAGUGCGCCAAGUACAUCCACAAAGCGUGAAAUGUCGGGUGGAAAAAAGCAUCACGACUCCGCAGAGGAAACAUUUGAAAACAGCUCCACUGAAAGCUCCAUGAGUCCUACGACAAAGUCUACUAUCAUCGCCAGUAACAAACCUACCACAAACGUCAACAACACUAGAAAUUACUACAUUAACGUUGGAAACCAUAGGGACAAUAACCAAGGUGAGGUCACAGGGUCUAAGGCCAUAGGUCACGAGGUCGGCAUGGACACUUAUGAUGGACUGACAGAGAGCGAUAGGAAAGAACACGACGAACUGGAUGAGAACGAAUUACAAAAGAUGAUGGCGACAAAAGGUCAGUUGGCUGAGAUCAGGAAUUUGGAGAUUGAGAAUCGUCACUUGGCCUAUGAGAGAAAGGAGUUUGAAGCGCACCUGAUAAAAAAUAUGCAGCACCAACAAGCGCAUACAUCUGAUGAAGGUUAGCACCUUGUUAUCAUACGUAAUCUGGUCAUUCAGUAAAUGCGGGGUUCACGUUUCACCUGUCCUUGUCAUGACAUCUGACUUGUGAGUUUGUAAAUUCUGGAUGCACCCCUUAACCCUCCUAGAGUCCCAGUGGAAAUCAAUAUUCAGCAAUAGGUAAAACCCAUUAAAACCAUGCAGGUCAGUUUCAAGCGAAGGGAUGUGAAGUGUUAAAGUAACUGUCACACAAGAGCAGUGAAGCGUGACCAAAUCUGCCUGCCUGCCCAGAGCUUAACUGCACAAAAGAAUUGUGCAGGGAUUUGAAGUGUUGGUGCUAACACUUUGGGCAUUAAGUGGUUUUGCAGAAAUCGAGGGGUUGGGAAGUACAGAAGACUAGGGGUUAAUGCCUUCUUUCUCCACUGUCCAAGAGUGAUUAUGUACCUGUACCGGCAAGUUGAAACAUUUGAAUGACAAAGUACCAGUAUAAAGUUCAGAGCUAACAGGGACAGGAAAAAUGUCACACUUUGGAUGCUUAAUUUAUUGAAUGACCCAUACUUAAAAUAUUGUUUUGGGGGGAAAGGGUAUAUUCUUAGUUUGUUUCAUUUGAAAUUUGGUGCAUAAAUGUACAUGGCAGGCAAUCACAUCAUCGGGAGAAACACAAAUUGCACUAAUCUUUGUAGUAACCUCAAAGUUAAGGUUCAUUAUCUGUAUAUGACUGGCCAAUGUAUUUAUUAGGCUAAGGAAUUGGACAUGAAAAGCCCUACAUGUUGUCAACGACACCAUGAACUGACACUCACAUGCAAGGGGGUGUCGGUUCAUGAAAAAUGCGUAAUCAGCCAUUUCAGUUUCACAAAAUUUCACGUUGGGCACUGACCUGAAAUAGAAUGAUUUUCGUGUUCAUGAACGAACUGACGCCCAAGCAUGUUGCAGCAAUACAGUACAGAGAAAAACGUUUUGAAAGGUUUGACAUGAAUUGAAUCCAUCCGAAUACUGGUGGGCUUACACAAAAAUUUAAUUAAAUACCGUUUUAACUGGUGAAAUUAAGAUAAGUGUCUGUUCUUGAAAACGAAAAUGUACAGAAUGGGGGCUAAAAGUGCUGCACUGUGCCGGGUGUCAGUUUGUGAAAACGAAAAUAACCUAGUUCUGUAAAACACCGGUCGUGCACUCAUGCGCCGCAACCGAGUGUCAGUUCGUGGUGUCGGUGACGAAGUAAUGUGUCCUGGAUCUUGAAAUGUCAAGGAAAUGUCAUGGAAUUUCAUUUUAAGAAAUCUGUGGGAACCCUUGACCAUGUUGACAUGCCAUGGUAAUACCAAAAUGUGUCAUAAAGUCAUUGGCGGAGAUUUGUGUCACAAAGUGGGAGGGAUGAUCACAAUUUUUGGGGUGAAAUCCCCCAAAAAGUGACGCUGAACAAAUGUCCGACUGCAAAAUAUUUGAAAGCGGGGGAGGACUAUUUGCAGAUUGAGGGCGCUAUUUAAUAAAUGGUGUUGGAAAUUCUGGGGGGGGGGGGGAUAAUUGUAAACACCAUCCCCCC